AAAUCCACUUGAUAAGAUGUCCAGUCUACCUAUUUUCAUUGCUUAUCUCUCAAGUAUUUGAACGACCUCUAAUAGACAGAUAUGUGUAUAAUUUCUGUAAUGCAAACAUCUUUAUUUUUAUUUGUUGUUUUCUUUUCCACCAACAAAAUCGUUUACGGUUUAAUGUGCCUAAGAUGUUCCGAUGUUACUGAGCCCAGACUUUGCAACAAAAUUGAACGCUGUCAGGAUGGGGAGGUAUGUGCAGUGCAGCAGUACCGGGCAGACAAUGGAGACAUAGGCUACUGGACAGGAUGCUAUCCUAAACAGGAAUGCGCUGCUGUGGACAAUAGAACAGUGGUCAGUACCAAGAGAAGUCAGUACAUAGACGGCGUAGUUCAGUGCAGAGACUGUUGUACUUCAGAUAUCUGUAACGCUUAUGGCUGUGGCUCUCCAAAAUACCCAGCCACCCGGGGACCUAUUUGUUUUGACUGUGAGAAUUUGUCGGAUCCAAGGGAUUGCCAUACAGUAACUCCCUGUAACCUCAACCAAAAAUGUUUUAUACACGAAAAAUCCGUCUUUGGUAAAAGGUAUUUCACAUCCAAAUGCGAAUCCAUAAUGGGUUGUCUCCCCCAUUUCACGGGUCCUGUGGUCGGUAGGAGGCGUGACCUGUCGGGGCUGUGUAUUCACUGCUGUGACGGGGAUCUGUGUAACGCUGAUUGUUCUACAGCAUCCAACGCCACCGUCAACAACGUCAACAAACCAGCUACUAGUAUGCCAGAUCACGUUGCCUUCCACGCUGUCGCCUACAGUCCUACAAAUAACGCUGUGGUUAUUUUUGACCACGUGAUUACAAACGUCGGCGGGGGAUACGACAACACCACAGGGGUGUUCAUUGUACCCACCCCCGGGCUGUAUGUAUUUUCCUGGACCAUAGAGACGUACCGUCAAAGAACAGAAGCUGUGCUUCUUGUGAAUGGUGUACAACAAGCAUUGUCAAGGGCCGACCAAGCGUCCUCAUAUUACGACACUACCACCUCCUUUGCAGUCCAAAACCUGACACUGAACGACAAAGUAAAAGUCAAGGUCAUUCUUGGACGCUCAGAACCAAGGCAUACAAUCUUUUCCGGCUGGAAGAUCAAUAACACCGAUGAUACGGCGUUUUCUGCGUCCCUGUCACGAGAAGUUACGGGCAGUACCAUAAUCUUUAACAACGAAACCUUAGACACAGACAGCGCAUACUCCACCUCCACUGGAAGAUUCGUGGCGCCUCGUUCUGGUCUUUACGUUUUCAUGAUGUCGGCUGUUAUAUAUGGAAAUCAUGAAUAUACCUGCGAUUUCUCCUUUAGCAAUGGUAACGAUCAACCAGAGAUAUGGGUGGACUCAGCUAGUGGACUAUAUGACAGCGCCAGCUACAUGACGUUCGGCUGGUUGAAUAGCGGCGAUUACGUGUAUACACAUGCAAGCAGAAUGACAACCUCCUCUGUGUUUGCUGGAUGGCAGCUGGUGGAUGAUGCAAAUGUUUCCAAAGUAAGAUAUCCAGCGUUUCUUGCACAUCUUAGUGGAGACACCACCCGUUCCCCCAUCGUCUUUAAUCGUGUUCACUCGGGUUAUCACCACGGCUACUCGACGAGCACUGGGAAGUUCACUGCAGAUCGUGACGGCGUGUACGUAUUUCUACACAAUAUAGAAGCGGCAGGGUCUGUUGUGAAUACCGCUCUAGCAGUGAACGGAAACGUUAAAGUGGAGACAAGGUCUGACGGCCGCCAUUCGGGCUAUGACGACACGUCUGCUGUCACCGUCCUGGAGCUGGCUUCUGGGGAUCAAGUCUACGUUAAUAUACAAAGCGGGGGAGCAGAUGAUGGGCAGACUCUUUUCUUUGGCAUUCUGCUAUUUGAACUCUGAAUAUUCUGUUUGUAGAGGUUGGUUAUCCAAUAAAAACUGAUCAAUUUCUAAAAAA